CAUAAAGUUUUGCAGAACAGGUGAUCGUCUUUGAAAGAAUGUUUAAAAUUCUUCUAAUAUUCGCCGCUGCGAUAGCAGCAUCCCACGGUGACCCACUAACGAGUCGUCAGCGAAACAUUUUCCCCAGUACAUUUUCACUGUAUACAAACGAGAGUCCAAAUGUUGGACAACGAAUACUAUUGACUACGGCUUCCGUCAGCGCUCUCCGCAUUAACUCAUCGACUAACUGUGCGAUAAUAUUUCAUGGCCGACGCGAAACAGGAUUAAGUGCAAUGAGCACAACCGUACGAGAUGCUCUUUUUACGAGUGGGACCGUGAAUGUUAUUGUUGUGGACUGGUCGCAAGAAGCUAAUGACGAUUUCCCUGAAAGUGCUAUAAACGAAGUCGCGCUUGAAGUAGUUGAAUUAAUCAGACUGUUGAUAGUUAACAACAAAAUAAAUCAAGCCAGACUUCAUCUUAUCGGAUUUGAAUUAGGCGCACAUCUAGCUGGUCUCGUUGGCAGAGCAUCAACUUACACCAUAGCCAGAAUCACAGGUCUGAAUCCGGACAGAGCUUUACAAGGAAAUGCAAACGCCUUGAGAAGAACCGAUGCCAAUUAUGUUGAAAUUAUACAUACGGAAACAACCGAAUUCGGUAUGGCAAACGCUGUAGGUGAUGUUGACUUUUACCCGCACGGUGGCAAUGAUCAACCCGGCUGUGUGGCCGCUGAAGCCAAUGCAGCAGCAGAUACUGCGUGUAGCCAUAACCGUGCUUGGGAAUUAUUCGCCGCUUCUUUGACUCACGGUCGUAUUAUUGGCAAUAAAUGUCCGAGCCCACGUGAUGCCAUGUCAGAUGAACCUUGUAUUGGGUUUACUCUAGCUUUGGGCACAAACGAUAUGGUCAAAUACGGUUCUGGUGCAUUCCGUCUCGAAACGACUGAAGUGUACCCGUAUCGCUGCUUGGUCAAGUGCGGACUGGUGGACAGUAUUAUCGAGGCUAUUGAAAAUUUAGGCAAACCUGAUACAGGCCCUUGAAUUUAUUUUAUGAUUUCAAUUAAAAACACCAGUUUCUAUUUUAUUUCUAUUUAUAUUUUCUUUUGUAAAGGAUACACUCCUUCAAUAUUUUGAUAAAUUCGAAAACGGCUCCUGUUAUUGCUUAUUAUAGAAAUAUUUUG